GCAAGGUUCUCUUUUUGCAAAUCUUUUAUCUAUUCAUAUUCGUUUAUCUGCAGGAAAAAGCCCACUUCCAUUAGUCUUUCGUGUAGCUUUAAAUGCGCAUAUUCCAGAGCAUAUAUUUAUUCGUCUCUAUUUAGUAAUUCUCCUUCUCUAUUUUUUGAUACUGGGUUGUGAUGGACCGUGGCGUUGCGGAAGCCAUUCGGCAACAGUCUGAAGAUCUUUCUGAGGAGCUUAAAGAGCUCGAGCAGUGGGAGGAUGCAGUGAAAGCGAAAGAGGCUGCAAGAGCGCAGCGGAAGGCGACGCAGGCAGUGGAAGCUGCGACGGUCGUACCCCCUAUUCGAGGAACAGUGCCGUCACUCAAGGAGGCUGUGCGUCAGCAGCAGACUUUGAACAACUCCUCCAGCAACUCGGCAAAGGCAGCGGCGGACCCCAUUCAGGAGGCAAAAGAGAGAGGCAAUGCCUUUUUUCAAGCUGGUCGCCUUCAGGAGGCCGUGGCGGCGUACACUGUUGGCAUUGACCUCGACCCUGCCAGUUCUACUACGCACGUCCUUUACGCAAACCGUGCCAUGUGCUAUAUAAAGAUGGGCCAGUGGUCUGCGGCGGAAAAGGAUGCGACAACGUGUGUGCAGAUGAACACCGGCUACGCAAAGGCGUACUAUCGUCGUGCCAUAGCUCGCAAAAACCUCCACAAACUGAAAGAAGCCCGCACAGAUUUGGAAGCGGUGCUGGCUCUCUCUCCCAAGGACGCCACCGCACAACAGGAGAUGGUGGAGGUUACGAAAGCCAUUCAAGCAGAGCGGGCUGCUGCGGCGGCGUCAGCGCCGGCGGCAAACAGCGCCAAGAAGCGCAUUGUGAUUGAAGAGGUGGACAGCGAGGAUGACGAGGCUGUUGACGGUGCGGACUCCGUCCCUGCUUCCAUCAAACCGGACAUCUCUGCAGGAGAGCAGCAGUUGCGCCAGGCACGCAUCGACGAGGACAUGAAGAAGCUGGCUGCGGCACGGGCACAGCAUGAAUCACAGACGCGUCUUGAAGCGCAGCGCGAGGCAGCAGCACAAGCACAGCGCCAGCGGCGCAAUCAGCGGGUUGAGAUUAUUGAAGAAGAUGAAGAGGAGACGAGCAAGGAGGCAUCGGCGGGUCCGCUUCCGACAUCACCGCCGGCAAAGUCCACACCGGCACCACCGGCAGCACCUGUUCAACACACAAAAACAACAGCGGCCGCGGCACCUACUCCUGCUGCAUCCCCUGUCGCACCACGUCCGCGGCCCGCCGUAACAAAGGAAAGCCUCACAACACCAAAGUCUUUUACGGAGUUUGAGCGGCGCUUUCGUGAGGUGGAACAGAUGCCUGAGCUGCGCAAUCAUUACGUGAGUCUGCUGCACCCAGCUGGACUAAGCAAGCUUUUUGGGAGCAACAUGACACCCGAAAUCCUCGUAGGUGUGCUGGAAUCAAUAAAAACGUUCAAUGGGACGACCGCGCUCCAAUUUGCCAAAGGAAUUUGUCAGGUGAACCGCGUGGAGGAUAUGACUCUCUUCUUCAACUCAAAGGAGAAGGCGGUGGUGCAAGAAGUUUUGGACUUGCUGAAGUCCAGUGGAGGCUCAGAAAAAGAAAUUCAGUCUAUUCAGCGCAAGCUGAAGCCUUUCUAA